AUGGCCUCUGGAUCUACAAAUUGCUCCUCACUUCCAAACCCCGAGACGGCUCUCGCGUUUCUCCCCCCAAGCAUAGCAUCACAGUUGGAAGUUGCUCGUCCCAUCGCUGCUGCAAGUCUUGGGGCGUUCAUCUGGGACAUCCUGUCUAACGUACCGUCCGAUUACAAGCUGUUGUUCGAGCACAGGAUCACUUUUACGACCGUUGUAUAUCUGCUUUCAAGGCAAGCCACCAUUCCCUCGCGAGGAUUAAGCAUUUAUUUAUUAUCUCUUGUAGGGGACUGUCAGGCACUCCAAAUUGCGUUCUCCAUCUGCUUUGCAAUUGCGGUCCCUUUGACGUCUCUGCUCUUCUUCUUCCGCGUUCGUGCGGUAUUCAAUGACAACAAACCCAUCGUCGCAUUUUUUGGCUUUCUAUGGGUUUCAGUCCUCGCAGGCUGUAUAACAGUACCGUUUGCCACCCGUGGGGUACAUAUUGGCCCGACAGUGUUCUGCAUCCUUACUGGUGUCAAGACAUACAGUGCUACAGGGAUCGUCAUCUCAGCAGUGAACGAUACGCUUGUGCUCGUUGCAAUCUCGUUACGAAUUUUAUACAACGCGUCUAUCGAUGACAACGUCGGCGCCCGUGUCAAAGCGUUCUGGAACGGAGGGGCACUUCCAAAACUCUCGAAGAGUAUCCUCCAGAGCGGUCAGCAAUACUAUCUGAUUACAGUCGGUGGAAACGUUCUGACAAUGGUCAUGAUCUUAACACCAUCUGUGAAACCGAUUUACCGUGCUAUGUUCACAAUCCCGAACGUGACGAUAGAAAACUGUAUGGCUUGCAAGGUGUUCCGCGAUAUCAAGUUUGGCGUCAUAGAGCCAUCUGGGUCUUCAUUGUUCCAGAGCUCCAUAACGCGCAACGGCGUACUGAACUCCAAAUUGUCCACACGUAUCAGGCAGCACAACGGGCCUCAGCGCAUUAACGUAUCUGAGAUAGAUUCGAGACCGACGGGAUCCGAUUCCACGACUGUAGAGCUGCCAAUGGAGCUCAAUCUCGUCGGUGGUGCGGGAAGCCGUGCUUCUUCUCCUUGUUAUUAUGAGCCUAACUUGGAGGCUAAGGCUGGAAAUAUCGAAGUGUAA